UGGGCUGGACCAGGGGAGCUCGGGGGCUCAGGGCGCAGCCGGGGCGGGGCAGGGGUGGCGCCCGGGUCCUCGCGAGGCGGCCCCGCAGUACCCCGCCCAAGCCGCGUGCGCCCCGGGGCCGAGGGGGGCGGGGUGGGGCGGGGCGGGGCGGGUUCCGCGGGCCUCCAGCUCGGGCCCACCUGAUGCUGCCCGGCUCCCGCCCGGGCUGGUUGCCGGCGAGGCGGGGCCGCCGCCCUGUCCUCCCAGUGGGUGGGGCCAGGCCUCUCACCUGGGCUGAACCCUUCGCUGGCCCCACCCUCUCCUGCCGCCACCCUCGGAGUCGGGGCCUCUGCCUGGGGCCCCAAUGUUGGGCGCCCUGCGCCCCCAUUCACCACCCCAGCCCCCGGAGCCCGGCCUGCCCUGGUCGUCCUCCAGCCCUAGGUCGCCGCGGAUCUGGUGGGCUGGGACCCCCGUCUCCACCCCAGACGCCCCUAACUCGCCUCUGGCUGCUGGGGAGGGGGUUGCCCUUGCUGGGCAGAGGGUCCGAGGCCGGGCCUGGGAGCCACGUGGCUUGCCCUGUCCGCAGCGCCGUGGGGAAGACAUGCUUGCUGAUCAGCUACACGACCAACGCCUUCCCCGGAGAGUACAUCCCCACCGUUUUUGACAACUACUCGGCCAACGUGAUGGUGGACGGGAAGCCGGUCAACCUGGGGCUGUGGGACACGGCGGGGCAGGAGGACUAUGAUCGGCUGCGGCCACUCUCCUACCCCCAAACUGACGUCUUUCUGAUCUGCUUCUCCCUGGUGAGCCCGGCCUCCUUUGAGAAUGUUCGUGCCAAGUGGUACCCGGAGGUGCGGCACCACUGCCCCCACACGCCCAUCCUCCUGGUGGGCACCAAGCUGGACCUCCGCGACGACAAGGACACCAUUGAGCGGCUGCGGGACAAGAAGCUGGCGCCCAUCACCUACCCACAGGGCCUGGCCAUGGCCCGGGAGAUUGGUGGGCUCUGUGAAGUACCUGGAGUGCUCAGCCCUGACCCAGCGGGGCCUGAAGACAGUGUUUGACGAGGCAAUCCGCGCAGUGCUCUGCCCGCCCCCAGUGAAGAAGCCAGGGAAGAAGUGCACGGUCUUCUAGAGCCCUGGCACACCGGAGCUGAGGGCUGGCGGGGAGCAGCCCUAGACGUGUCUGCUGUUGUGUCGAGACGUGUGGU